AUUUUCUUAUAUUUCACAGAAUACCUACAAUUGUUAUAAUAAGCUUUUUGCAAGUUUUCAUUGGUGGAAUAAUUCAGUAUUUUACAAUAAAUCGCAGCCGGAUGGUUCAUUGCGAUUUCGAAAUUAGUGACGACGAACACAGUGUUGGUAUGGACACCCAAUCACUAGCAAUCUACAGUGUUGCCUCAUUCGUUAACCCCCGUCGAUCGCCGAUGGACUCCCAUUUGGCAACUGUCUCAAAUUACGGAACCACGUAUUCGCAGAACCAGCAAAUGCCAGCCAUGGUGAAACAAGAACCGUACCUAUCAGAGGAACCCGUUACUAACCAGUCAAUGAGCGACGGAUGUGUUUAUCAACAGCCAGGAUCGAACCAUUCAAGUCCUUCGAAUUCGCCCCACAAUUGUGGUUCACUCACACCAUCACCGGAAAUGAACAAUGGUAGCGAAAAGCACGACAUGGGAAGUUAUAACAAUAAUUAUUGGCAAGGGGGAAGAGUCAGUGAAUCGCAGAGUAUAAGCGAUACCGCAACCGAAGAGGAGGCAUUCGACGAAAUACUUGCUAAUGUAAACGCCACAUUGUCACAAAUGACUCCCACACAACAACAAGAGCAGGACUAUUCUACUUACACAGUUGCAUCGUCAGUGGGAAUCAUGGAACAGAAUCGUUACACCCAAUAUCAGCAGCAGCCAAUUCUGCCUGGUGUUACGCCCGGGUGCACAAACACGUACUCUACACCUGGUAUCCCUCCGCCGCCUCCCCUAACCUACAGGUCAUCCAGUGUGCCAGAGUGUUCGCAGUAUAGACUAUCAGAAGUUUCCGAAAUGUCGAUGAUGACAAAACACGAAAAACUUUAUUCAGCUUCUAACACACCAUCAUGUAAUAUUUCAACGGCGAACCAUACCGACGCAGGUUCAUGGAGUUCUUACAGCAGCCCAGUUAUGAGCGAAGCAAGCGAAAUUUGCGAAAACGACACAAUUCCAGGUUGCCACAGUGAUUCAGAGAUUUUGCCAGAUGGGGAAUUAAUAUCAAUGUCUGUUCGUGAACUAAAUAGAAGGCUCCGUGGUAUGAGCAAGGAACAAAUCACAUCACUCAAGCAACGUCGACGGACACUCAAAAAUCGCGGCUACGCCCAGAGUUGUAGAAGUAAAAGGGUGAUGCAAAGACAUCUCCUCGAAAACGAAAAAAUGGGACUUCAAAGCCAGGUAAACCAAUUGAAGCAACACUUAUCUAUUGUGAUGCAAGACAGAGAUUCCUAUCGAAUCAAAUAUGAAAGGCUUAAGAAGCUUCAUCUUGGUCAACAAAUUGCACCACAUUCUAUCCAUUCCCAACAACAACAGCAACAGCACGAAUCGCAGGUCCAGUGCGGUCCUAUGACCUCAAUGCAUAAUUUAAGCUCAGACAUCUACAUUUAAUUGUUGAAAUAAAUGGUGUGAAACGCCAUUCUGAUCAAGUGCGCUGAAAAUGCCAUGAAAGAAGAAGAGAGGGAUUUUACGGCGUGGACUUUAUAAUUUUUCCGCGUGGUGUUUUUUUUAUAUUAUGCAAACGUAUUCGAGCCAAAGCACAGAACAGAAUAUUAUUAUUAAUUCUAUUCGGAAUUGCGUUGGUUGUCUGAUUUCAGUUUUGAAGUAUCUUACAAAAAUUCAAAUAUUGCAGCAAAGUUGUGACAAUUGCCAUUUUUCAUAAUUUUAUCUGAAACUAGCCAUACAAAUAACACAUUGUGGCUAAAUCAUAUCGUGUAAUCAGACAGUAUAUUGAUUCCAUCUUCAUAAUUUUAUUUAAAGUGCAAACUGUAAUAGUUUUACAUAUUUUCAAUGAUAAAUGUUCACCAUUAUCAUGUCAUUGUAUUUUAUCAUUUCGACAUUAAGUUACAUUUGUGUCGAUUUUUCUUUUCAGAAAACAAUAUUUAUAGUAAUUUUUUGUUAAUGUUUUUGUGGAACCAGAGCGAUAGGCUGCACGUGACGUAGCACUGUGACGUCACGAUUUUUUUGAAGAUGAAUAUACAUAUAUAUAUAUUUAUCGUAUGUUCCAUAUAAAUAAAAUUUUGUUCCUUCAAAUAGCAUGUUCCCCCUAUGUUAUGCAGUUUACGGCCACUUGUUAGUCAAGGAGUUUUGGGUUAAGCAAGUGAUCAUUUCUAUGAAACCGUUCGUGGUGAAUUGUAUAUUAUUUUCAUCUAUGUAAAAUAGCAUUCCAUUUUGAAUAAGCAAGGCAUCUGACUUUCUGGAAAAGUUUGCUUUUUUACAUUGUAAAUUAUACAUGCCAUCGAUAAUUAUUUCAAAAAACUGCUUUCACUUUAAUUAUUUUUUGAUUUUUUCUUUUAAUUAUUUUAAUGUUUAAUUUUUAAGAUUUGUUAAUUCCUGGAUAUAUGAUGAUAUUAUAUCCACCAAAUAAAUGAACCGAAAAUCUAAUAUUUGAAUUUGGUAAAACUAUAAGAAAAUGAGAUAAAACCAAAAAGGUUCGAUCUUCAAAUCAUAAAAACUAACGGUUCAUUGCGCUGGCCGCAAUGGGCCACAAGCCUGCACAUUAUGUCUCAACAAAUUUUUUCCCUUUUUUACAAUCUAGAUUGUCUGUUCCAAAAAGCACACAACAUUUCUUAUAAGGCUACAAACAAAAGAACUACAAUUUUCCAUGCAUUCAUUGUGACGUUCUUUCUAUUUUGGCCAAUCCAAUUCAUUGUGUAGUGUUACAAAAUUUGCAAUGACGCCGUUUGAAAUUAUUAGUCAACUUAUUGAAUAGAGUGAUAUGUAAAAUAGAGUGACGUGUUGAUGAUUAAACAACCAUGGCCAUAGAUGGACGGUGCCAUUUAGGCUCAGUCUAAACACAAUCCACGUAUGACAACGUAUAAUUUUGUCAAAUUUUCGUGACAGUUUUCAGAGUCCACCGUUAAAGAGUUUCUUUAAAUUGUGUUUGUUGCUUUUCUUAUUCUUUCUUUGUUUCGAAAUAAAAUUGAAUAUUCAA